AUGGGAGCCGCGGGGGGCGGGCCUGUGGGACCCCCGGGCCCCCAUGGAGGUGGGGGCCCCCCCUUUUUAAGCGUAUCCACCCAAACCUCCCCUUAGGUGGCCCCAGCCCGGGCAACCCACCGGACCCAACCCAACUUAACAUCAGCCUGGCAUGGAGAGACGAAGGGGAGGAGAGGGCCCAGUAGUCAUAGUAGAAAAAGCUACGUAGCAAACAAGAUAAAUUUAAAAGUUCAUAGACCAAAUAUGAGCUUCUUUCUAAUAUCCGUUCACCCCCAGAUAAAUAAGUAGUUGCUAGGUUUUACACAGUCAAAUUAACAAUAUUUUAUUUUUAUAAUGAACUGUAAAAAAUUAUACAUUUGUGAUAUCAAUUUUUUUUAUUUUUUUUUUUGAAUCAAUACAUAAUUGAGAUCUUUAUUAAAACAUUUCAUUUGAAUUUUUAGCAUUUGCAGCUCUUUUUCCAGAGACUUUACAGUUAGUUCAUCUUAAGACCCCGGGAGACAACCAAUAUCACGUCAAAUAUAAAAAUAGGGAAAACUCCAGCUGUAACUUGGGUCAGGAAGGGAAGUACAGGGAGGGGAAUUUAAUAAAAAUAAAAAAUGGAACAAAACAGAAACAAGUAGGCCCAGACAUGAACCACAGGGCGAAUCCUAACGCCUGGGGGAAAGGAAACCCAAAGGGGGUUACUAUAAGGAGGUCAUCAGGAAGGUGAUGGGGUCCAGGGGAGUCUCAUAUACCCCAGGGGGGCCGAACCCAGGGGGGCAGGGGGUGCGAAGAACAGCCACGGCGACCGGAGCCGGGGAGGGGAGGGGGAAGGACACCACAAACAAGGAAUCCCAGCUUUGGGGAAAAAAACACCAAAAAAAAAAAAGGAACAAAAAACACACAAAGAAGGCCCCCGCAACACGGGAAGAAAAAACAAAGGGGAAAAGGGGGAACUUUUUAAAAAACCCCAAAAAGCACGCACCAAAAACCCCCGAACCCCCCCCACCACCCCCCCCCCCCCCACCCCCCCCUCCCCCCACUCCCCCCCCCCCCCCCCCCCCCCCCCCCCCCCCCCCACCCCCUCCCCCCACCCCCCCCCUUCCCAAACCCUCCCCACCCCCCCCCCCCCCCCCGGGCCCCCCCCCCCUCCCCCCCCCCCCCCCCCCCCCCCCCCCCCGCCCCCCCCCCCCCCCCCCCCCCUUCCCCCAUCCCCCCCAGGGGCCCCCCCCCCCCCCCCCCUUUCCCCCCCCCCCCCCCCCCCCCCCCCCCCCCCCCCCACCCCCCCCCUCUCCCACUCCCCCCCCCCCCCCCCCUCCCCCCCCCCACCCCCCCCUCUUUCCAACCCCCCCCCCCCCCCCCCCCCCCCCCCCCCCCCCCCCCCCCCCCUUCCCGCCCCCCCCCCCCCCCUCCCCCCCCCCCCCCUUUCCCCCCCCCCCCACCCGCCCCCCUCCCCCCCCAACCCCGCCCCCCCCCCCCACCCCCCCCCCGGGAAGGGGGGCCCCCCCCCCCCCCCCCCACCCCCCCCCCCCCCCCCCCCCCACCCCCCCACCCCCCCCCCCCCCCCCCCCCCCCCCUCCCCCUUCCCCUCCCCCCCCACCCCCCCCCCCCCCCCCCCCCCCCCCCCCCCACCCCCCAAACCCCCCCCUCCGCCCCCCCCCCCCCACCCCCCCCUCCCCCCCCCCCGCCCCCCCCCCUCCCCACCCCCCCCCCCCCCCUUUCCCCACCCCCCUUUCCCUCUUCCCCCCCAUCCCCCUCUCCCCCCCCUCUCCCCUCCGUCUCUCUCCUCUCUCCAUCCCAUCUCAGCUGUAAUUCAACAGAUCCAGUGUGAGGAACUGCAAUCUUUCACGGCUGCAGGUGCAGAAGGGGGUGUAUCCAGCGCCGGAGGGGGUUUGUCUGUCCCCUCAGACAGCCCCGGGGCCCAGAAGAAAGGGGGCGUGGCCAGCAGCAUGAUGGACAGGAUCAAAUCCCCGGGAACGGUCCGGAAAUCCCUGUCCAUGAAGAUGAGGAAACUCCCCGAACUCCGCCGUAAACUCAGCCUGCGCUCCUCGCGCUCCCAUCGCCAUGGGAAGGAGGGAACGGGCAGAGGAGGAGGGGACGGAGGUGGAGAGGGGACCUCACCCCCAAACGUCCGUAAGGAGCAGUCCAACGAGGUGAUCAGCAGGUACCACCUGGAUACUUCGGCCCCGGCGAGACCGCAACGACGCUCCUCCAGGGGACGUUCCUUUGCCGCCAGUAAGGGGGGCUACCUAAGCGACGGAGACUCACCUGAGCUGCUCCCCAAACAGGGCCGGGGUGGAACAGGGGGACCCCCCUCUGCCCACAACACCCCUCCUCCACCCCCUCACUCCACCCACCACUCCAGCCAGGAGGGAGUGACCAUGACAUCUGACCUGAGCUCGUUCAGAGUCUACAGCGUGUCGGACCAGCCACGGUGCGCCCAGCGUGUCUCCGGCCUGCUCACGGUGCACCUCGUUGGGGUGGAGAAACUGCUGAGGUCCCCUAAACAGGACGCCAGUAAGGAGGUGUUCUGUGCCAUCCAGGUGAUUUUUAAUAAAGUAUCUAUCUAUCUAUCUGUCUAUCUGUCUGUCUAUCUGUCUAUCUGUCUGUCUGUCUAUCUGUCUGUCUGUCUGUCUGUCUGUCUGUCUGUCUGUCUGUAUUGUAAUUAGAAUAAUUGAGAAUAACACAAAACAGUGUAACUUAUUUCCAUUGUGGUCAUCAGGUGGAUGGGGUGACCAGGGCCCGCACCGGCCUGCUGACCUCCAGGGGGGGCUCACUGCCCCUCAACCACACCUUUAACCUGGAACUGGAGAGGGCCAGGCAGCUGAAACUGGUGGUGCUCACCCCUUCCCCUGGGGCUGAGACUAGCACCACGAAGGGCAGCGACUCCACAGCACCGGCCAGGAACAGGGUCUGCUGUCUGGGGGCUGUGUCCAUACCCCCGCUGUUCAAAGGUAGGAGCACCAGAGAGAGUUAAAAGUCAUAUGAUACGUAGUAGAUGAAGUUCUAUGUAUACCUGUUGUUGUUGUUGUUGUUUUACAAUCCACUUCACUGAUGCUUGGCAAUGUGAGGCUGCAGCAGAAGGGUUUUCCAUACCAGUGGACUUUAUUUUGUCUGAAGGCAUCUUAGCUAACCUAGUUCCUGAUCUUUUGGAAUCACUCUGUCAAUCAACUUUAUUUUUCCUUCUCUUGUUCGUUCUCCCCUUCUGUCCCUCUCCUUCCCCUUGUGCUAUCUCUUCUGUCCUUCCUUCCCCUUGUGCUAUCUCUUCUGUCCCUCUCCUUCCCCUUGUGCUACUCUUCGUCCCCUCCUUCCCCUUGUGGCUAUCCUUCUGUCCUUCUUCCCCUUGUGCUAUCUCUUCUGUCCCUCUCCUUCCCCCUUGCUAUCUCUUCUGUCCCUCUCAUUCCCCUUGUGCUAUCUCUUCUGUCUCUCUCCUUCCCCUUGUGCUUUCUUCUGUCCUCUCCUCCCCUUGUGCUAUCUCUUCUGUCCCUCUCCUUCCCCUGUGCUAUCUCUUCUGCUCUCUCCUCCCCCUUGUGGUAUCUCUCUGUCCCUCUCCUCCCCUUGUGCUAUCUCUUCUGUCCUCUCUCCUUCCCCUUGUGCUAUCUCUUCUGUCCCUCUCCUUCCCCUUGUGCUAUCUCUUCUGUCCCUCUCCUCCCCCUUGUGCUAUCUCUUCUGUCCCUCUCCUUCCCCUUGUGCUAUCUCUUCUGUCUCUUCCCCUGUCUACCUCUCUUCCCUGUGCUAUCUCUUCUGUCCCUCUCCUUCCCCUUGUGCUAUCCUCUUUCUGUCCUCUCUCCUUCCCCUUGUGCUAUCUCUUCUGUCCCUCUCCUUCCCUUGUGCUAUCUCUUCUGUCCCUCUCCUUCCCCUUGUGCUAUCUCUUCUGUCCUCUCCUUCCCUUGUGCUAUCUCUUCUGUGCCCUCUCCUUCCCCUUGUGCUAUCUCUUCUGUCCCUCUCCUUCCCCUUGUGCUAUCUCUUCUGUCCCUCUCCUUCCCCUUGUGCUAUCUCUUCUGUCCUCUCCUUCCCCUUGUGCUAUCUCUUCUGUCCCUCUCCUUCCCCUUGUGCUAUCUCUUCUGUCCCUCUCCUUCCCCUUGUGCUAUCUCUUCUGUCCUUCUCCUUCCCCUUGUGCUAUCUCUUCUGUCCCUCUCCUUCCCCUUGUGCUAUCUCUUCUGUCCCUCUCCUUCCCCUUGUGCUAUCUCUUCUGUGCCUCUCCUUCCCCUUGUGCUAUCUCUUCUGUCCCUCUCCUUCCCCUUGUGCUAUCUCUUCUGUCUCUCUCCUUCCCCUUGUGCUAUCUCUUCUGUCCCUCUCCUUCCCCUUGUGCUAUCUCUUCUGUCCCUCUCCUUCCCCUUGUGCUAUCUCUUCUGUCCCCCUCCUUCCCCUUGUGCUAUCUCUUCUGUCUCUCUCCUUCCCCUUGUGCUAUCUCUUCUGUCGCUCUCCUUCCCCAGCCUCUCGGUCUCAGCAGAUAUGCGUGAGGUUAGAGCCCAGGGGUCUACUGUAUGUGAAGCUGACUCUGCUGGAGCAAUGGGAACCCCCCGACCCCCGACCCUGCCACCUCAACCCCCCCAUGGUGUUUGGAGUGGAGCUCCGCCACCUGGUGGACAAGGAGAACUCUGCGGUCCAUGUUCCUCUGCUCAUACAGAAGAGUGUGGCUGAGAUCCAGAAGAGAGGACUGAAGGUUAGUUAGUUUACAGCACACUGUUUCAUACACAGGACAACAAACCCACCUCAUUUACAUUUACAUUUUAUAUUUUAGUCAUGUAGCAGACGCUCUUAUCCAGAGCGACUUACAGUUAGUGAGUGCAUACCAAUUUUUCACAACAUUUUUCAUACAUUUACACCGUUUCAUACACAGGACAACAACCCCACCUCUAAUUUCCACAGAUAUGGACUCUAUAGAGGUCAAAUAAACCAGCUGGAACAUAUUAAUGUUGAUGUGUCUGAAUGGUUUUGGUUGUCUCAUGUCUGUCUAGAUGGUGGGUCUGUGGUUCAUGUAUGGUUAAUUCAUGGUUGUGUCUGUCUGUCUGUCUGUCUGUCUAGGUGGUGGGUCUGUGGUUCAUGUAUGGUUCAUUCAUGGUUGUGUCUGUCUGUCUGUCUGUCUGUAGGUGGUGGGUCUGUACCGUCUGUGUGGGUCAGCUGCAGUAAAGAAGGAACUGAGAGAUGCGUUUGAGAGGGACAGUGCUGCUGUCAGCCUGAAUGAAGAGCUCUAUCCUGACAUCAACGUCAUCACAGGUCAGUCCCCUAUCCCCAUACACCAGUCUCUAUCAGCAUCAUCACAGGUCAGUCCCCUAUCCCCAUACACCAGUCUCUAUCAGCAUCAUGACAGGACAGUCCCCUGUCCCCAUACACCAGUCUCUAUCAGCAUCAUCACAGGUCAGUCCCCUGUCCCCAUACACCAGUCUCUAUCAGCAUCAACAUCAUCACAGGUCAGUCCCCUAUCCCCAUACACCAGUCUCUAUCAGCAUCAUCACAGGUCAGUCCCUUAUCCCCAUACACCAGUCUCUAUCAGCAUCAUCACAGGUCAGUCCCCUAUCCCCAUACACCAGUCUCUAUCAGCAUCAUCACAGGUCAGUCCCCUAUCCCCAUACACCAGUCUCUAUCAGCAUCAUCACAGGUCAGUCCCUUAUCCCCAUAUACCAGUCUCUAUCAGCAUCAUCACAGGUCAGUCCCCUAUCCCCAUACACCAGUCUCUAUCAGCAUCAUCACAGGUCAGUCCCCUAUCCCCAUACACCAGUCUCUAUCAGCAUCAUCACAGGUCAGUCCCCUAUCCCCAUACACCAGUCUCUAUCAGCAUCAUCACAGGUCAGUCCCCUAUCCCCAUACACCAGUCUCUAUCAGCAUCAUCACAGGUCAGUCCCCUGUCCCCAUACACCAGUCUCUAUCAGCAUCAUCACAGGUCAGUCCCCUAUCCCCAUACACCAGUCUCUAUCAGCAUCAUCACAGGUCAGUCCCCUAUCCCUAUACACCAGUCUCUAUCAGCAUCAUCACAGGUCAGUCCCCUAUCCCCAUACACCAGUCUCUAUCAGCAUCAUCACAGGUCAGUCCCCUAUCCCCAUAUACCAGUCUCUAUCAGCAUCAUCACAGGUCAGUCCCCUACCCCCAUACACCAGUCUCUAUCAGCAUCAUCACAGGUCAGUCCCCUAUCCCCAUACACCAGUCUCUAUCAGCAUCAUCACAGGUCAGUCCCUUGUCCCCAUACACCAGUCUCUAUCAGCAUCAUCACAGGUCAGUCCCCUGUCCCCAUACACCAGUCUCUAUCAGCAUCAUCACAGGUCAGUCCCCUGUCCCCAUACACCAGUCUCUAUCAGCAUCAUCACAGGUCAGUCCCCUAUCCCCAUACACCAGUCUCUAUCAGCAUCAUCACAGGUCAGUCCCCUGUCCCCAUACACCAGUCUCUAUCAGCAUCAUCACAGGUCAGUCCCCUAUCCCCAUACACCAGUCUCUAUCAGCAUCAUCACAGGUCAGUCCCCUAUCCCCAUACACCAGUCUCUAUCAGCAUCAUCACAGGUCAGUCCCCUAUCCCCAUACACCAGUCUCUAUCAGCAUCAUCACAGGUCAGUCCCCUAUCCCCAUACACCAGUCUCUAUCAGCAUCAUCACAGGUCAGUCCCCUAUCCCCAUACACCAGUCUCUAUCAGCAUCAUCACAGGUCAGUCCCCUAUCCCCAUACACCAGUCUCUAUCAGCAUCAUCACAGGUCAGUCCCUUAUCCCCAUACACCAGUCUCUAUCAGCAUCAUCACAGGUCAGUCCCCUAUCCCCAUACAACAGUCUCUAUCAGCAUCAACACAGGUCAGUCCCCUAUCCCCAUACACCAGUCUCGAUCAGCAUCAUCACAGGUCAGUCCCCUAUCCCCAUACACCAGUCUCUAUCAGCAUCAUCACAGGUCAGUCCCCUAUCCCCAUACACCAGUCUCUAUCAGCAUCAUCACAGGUCAGUCCCCUAUCCCCAUACACCAGUCUCUAUCAGCAUCAUCACAGGUCAGUCCCCUAUCCCCAUACACCAGUCUCUAUCAGCAUCAUCACAGGUCAGUCCCCUAUCCCCAUACACCAGUCUCUAUCAGCAUCAUCACAGGUCAGUCCCCUAUCCCCAUACACCAGUCUCUAUCAGCAUCAUCACAGGUCAGUCCCUUGUCCCCAUACACCAGUCUCUAUCAGCAUCAUCACAGGUCAGUCCCCUAUCCCCAUACACCAGUCUCUAUCAGCAUCAUCACAGGUCAGUCCCCUAUCCCCAUACACCAGUCUCUAUCAGCAUCAUCACAGGUCAGUCCCCUAUCCCCAUACACCAGUCUCUAUCAGCAUCAUCACAGGUCAGUCCCCUAUCCCCAUACACCAGUCUCUAUCAGCAUCAUCACAGGUCAGUCCCUUAUCCCCAUACACCAGUCUCUAUCAGCAUCAUCACAGGUCAGUCCCCUAUCCCCAUACAACAGUCUCUAUCAGCAUCAACACAGGUCAGUCCCCUAUCCCCAUACACCAGUCUCGAUCAGCAUCAUCACAGGUCAGUCCCCUAUCCCCAUACACCAGUCUCUAUCAGCAUCAUCACAGGUCAGUCCCCUAUCCCCAUACACCAGAAAGAAAACAAAUAGAACAUCUGGGUGAAGUAGGCAAUAAUGUCCUUUCUUUUUCGGCAUCAGACCUGCCUAAUUUUCACUUGAAACAUGUUUUUUUGUGCUUAAUAGGCGAAAUCAUAUCACAUUUUAUUCGUCACAUGCUUCGUAAGCAACAGUGAUGUGUACACCGAGGAACUUGAAGCUCUCGUCCCGUCAAUGUGAAUGGGGGUGUGCUCGGCUCUCCGUUUCCUAUAGUCCACAAUCAGCUCCUUUGUCAUGCUGACUUUGAGGGAGAGGUUUUUCUCCUGGCACCACCUUGGCAGGUCUCUGACCUCCUCCCUAUAGGCUGUCUCAUCGUCGUCGAUUAGGCCUACCACCGUCGUGUCGUCGGCAAACUUAAUGAUGGUGUUGGAAUCGUGCCUGGCCACGCAGUCGUGGGUGAACAGGGAGAACAGGAGGGUCUAAGCACGCACCCCUGAGGGACCCCCGUGUCGCACCCCUGAGGGGCCCCCGUGUUGCACCCCGGAGGGGCCCCCGUGUUGAGGGUCAGUGUGGCGGAUGUGUUGUUGCCUACCCUCAUCACCUGGGGGGUCCCGUCAGGAAGACCAGGAUCCAGUCGCAGAGGGAAGUGUUCAGUCCCAGCGUCCUUAGCUUAGUGAUGAGCUUGGAGGGCACUAUGGUGUUGAAUGCUGAGCUGUAGUCAAUGAAGAGCAUUCUCACGUAGGUGUUCCUUUUGUCCAGGUGGGAAAGGGCAGUGUGGAGUGCAAUAGAGAUUGGUCAUCUGUGGAUCUGUUGGGGCGGUAUGUGAAUUGGAGUCAGUCCAGGGUGUCUGAAAUGAUGGUGUUGAUGUGAGCCAUGACCAGCUUUUCAAAGCAUUUCAUGGCUACAGAUGUGAGUGCUACGGAGCGAUAGUCAUUUAGACAGAUUACCUUGGCGUUCUUGGGCACAGGGACUAUGGUGGUCUGCUUGAAACAUGUAGAUAUUACAGAUUGGGUCAGGAAGAGUUUGAAAAUGUCAGUGAAGACACUUUCCAGCUGGUCAGCGCAUGCUCUGAGUAUGCAUCAUGUUAAUCAGUCUGGCCCUGAGGCCUUGUGAAUGUUAACCGGUUUAAAGGUCUUACUCACAUCGGCUACGGAGAGCGUGAUCACAUGGUCGUCUGGAACAGCUGGUGCUCUCACGCAUGGUUCAGUGUUGCUUGCUUCGAAGCGAGCUUAUAUGGCAUUUUGCUCAUCUGGUAGGCUCGCAUCACUGGGCAGCUCGCGGCUGGGUUUCCCUUUGUAUUCCGUGAUAGUUUGCAAGCCCUGCCACAUCCGACGAGCGUCAGAGCCGGUGUAGUAGGAUUCGAUCUUAGUCCUGUAUUGACGCUUUACCUGUUUGAUGGUUUGUCGGAGGGCGUGGCAGGAUUUCUUAUAAGCGUCCGGGUUAGUGUCCUGCUCCUUGAAAGAGGCAGCUCUAGCCUUUAACUCAGUGCAGAUGUUGCCUGUAAUCCAUUGUUUCUGGUUGGGAUAUGCACGUACGGUCACUGUGGGGACAACGCCGUCGAUGCACUUAUUAAUGAAACCGGUGACUGACGUGGUAAACUCCUCAUUGACAUCGGAUGAAUCCUGGAACAUAUUCCAGGCUGUGCUAGCACAUUCUGUUAACAUACAGUGCAUUUGGAAAGUAUUCAGACCCCAUCACGUUACAGCCUUAUUCUAAAAUUGAUUAAAUAGUUUCUUUUCCCUCAUCAAUCUACACACAAUACCCCAUAAUGACAAAGCAAAAACAGGUUCUUAGACAUUUUUGCAAAAAAAAAGAAUACUGAAGUAUUCAGACCCUUUACUCAGUACUUUGUUGAAGCAUCUUUGGCAGCGAUUACAGCCUCGAGUCUUAUUGAGUAUGAUGCUACAAGCUUGGCACACCUGUAUUUGGGGAGUUUCUCCCAUUCUUCUCUGCAGAUCCUCUCAAGCUCUGUCAGGUUGGAUGGGGAGCGUUGCUGCACAGCUAUUUUCAUGUCUCUCCAGAGAUGUUCGAUCGGGUUCAAGUCCGGGAGCUGGCUGGGCCACUCAAGGACAUUCAGAGACUUUUCCUGAAGCCUCUCCUGCGUUGUCUUGGCUGUGUGCUUAGGGUUGUUGUCCUGUUGGAAUGUGAACCUUCGCCCAGUCUGAGGUCCUGAGCAGGUUUUCAUCAAGGAUCUCAGCUGAAAAACACCCUACAUCAUGAUGCUGGCACCACCAUGCUUCACCGUAGGGAUGGUGCCAGGUUUCCUCCAGACGUGAUGCUUGGCAUUCAGGUCAAAGAGUUCAAUCUUGGUUUCAUCAGACCAGAGAAUCUUGUUUCUCAUGGUCUGAGAGUCUUUAGGUGCCUUUUUGGUAUUUGGUAUUAGGUAUUAGGAUCCCCCAUUAGCUGUUGCUAAAGCAGCAGCUACUCUUCCUGGGAUCCACACAAAACAUGAAACAUGACAUAAUACAGAACAUUAAUAGACAAGAACAGCUCAAGGCACACGUA